AAGGCGGCACAAAUGUUUUAGUCAAAUUUAAUCGCUGUACUGUACUAAUUUACUAUGUGUGGCCGUACUGGAUUGUCGCUUAGUAAAGACCAAGUAAUAUGUGCAUGCAGCUAUAAGCCAAAACCCGGUGAUUUGCACUGUAAACCUGAUUGGAUGCACGAACAUAACGCUGGUAGGGAAUACAAACCUUCAUAUAACAUCGCUCCCACUGACGUUACUCCCGUUUUGGUCUCUGCCAGUAAGUUCAAAACUGCAGCUCAUAUCAGCAGGAUUGUUAAGCCUAUGAUGUGGGGAAUUAUACCUCCCUGGCACAAGGGUGACUAUAGAAAUCAUAAUUUGAGUACCAAUAAUUGCCGCUUAGAAAGCGUACAAGGGUCAAAGCUCUAUGGGCCUAUUUUACAAGAUGGGGGUAGAUGUGUGAUUAUUGUAGAAGGGUUUUAUGAAUGGCAAACUACAGAUAAGGGUAGCAAAAAUAAACAGCCUUACUACAUAUAUUCUCCCCAGAAUGAAAAUAUUAAGAUGGAUGAUCCAACAACUUGGAAUAAUUCCUAUGAUGAUGAAAACGGCUGGAAAGGGAUAAAACUAUUGCACAUGGCGGGCUUGUACCAUGUAUGGCAAAAUGAGCAAGUCAUAAUAUACUCUUAUUCAGUGAUCACCAUGGACUCAAACAGCACUCUCAACUGGCUGCAUUACAGAAUGCCAGCUAUAUUGGACAAUGAACAUCAAAUUGAUGCUUGGCUCAACAUUUCUGAUGUUGAUCCACACAUGGCUCUGGGAUAUUUAAAACCAGUCAAUAUGCUAUCCUGGCAUCCAGUUUCAACACUGGUUAAUAAUUCAAGAAAUAAAUCUGCAGAUUGCAACAAAAUAAUUACUUUGGCCCAGAAAAAUAAGUCUAUACAGAAAACCCUAACAGGGUGGUUUGUUAAGCCUGAAAAAAGAAAGAUAGAUGACAACAAUGGUAGUGAACCCAAAAGAAAAAAAUAACUGAGGAACAAG